AUCUAUUUUACGGGCGGAUAAAGACGGGCGGUAAAUCCUAGUCCCAUCCAAUCCCGUCACGUUCGGCGAAACCCGGGUUAUAAAACCGGAGCACCUCGCCCCCCCUCUACCACCACCGCAGCCGCAGCACAAUCGCCUCGCCUUCCCUUCCCCACCAGCCCGUCUCUCUCUUCUCUCUGACUCUCUCUCUCGUAGCCGCGUCCACCUCGCAGCAGCAAGCAAGCGCGACCAAAUGGCGCCUCUAGGAGACGGCGGAGCUGCUGCCGCGGCGGCGUCCAACAACCUGGUGGUGUCGUUCGGCGAGAUGCUGAUCGACUUCGUCCCCGACGUGGCCGGGCUGUCGCUGGCCGAGUCGGGCGGCUUCGUCAAGGCACCCGGCGGCGCGCCCGCCAACGUCGCCUGCGCCAUCGCCAAGCUCGGCGGAUCCUCCGCCUUCGUAGGCAAGUUCGGCGACGACGAGUUCGGGCACAUGCUGGUGAACAUCCUGAAGCAGAACAACGUGAACGCGGAGGGGUGCCUGUUCGACAAGCACGCGCGGACGGCGCUGGCCUUCGUGACGCUCAAGCACGACGGGGAGCGCGAGUUCAUGUUCUACAGGAACCCGAGCGCGGACAUGCUGCUGACGGAGGCGGAGCUGGACCUGGGCCUGGUGCGGCGCGCCAGGGUGUUCCACUACGGCUCCAUCUCGCUCAUCUCCGAGCCGUGCCGCUCGGCGCACAUGGCCGCCAUGCGCGCAGCCAAGGCCGCGGGCGUGCUCUGCUCCUACGACCCCAACGUGCGCCUCCCGCUCUGGCCGUCGCCCGACGCCGCACGCGAGGGCAUCCUCAGCAUCUGGAAGGAGGCCGACUUCAUCAAGGUCAGCGACGACGAGGUGGCCUUCCUCACGCGCGGGGACGCCAACGACGAGAAGAACGUGCUGUCCCUGUGGUUUGACGGGCUCAAGCUGCUCGUCGUCACCGACGGGGACAAGGGAUGCAGGUACUUCACCAAGGACUUCAAGGGCAGCGUGCCCGGCUUCAAGGUCGACACCGUCGACACCACCGGCGCCGGCGACGCCUUCGUCGGCUCCCUCCUCGUCAACGUCGCCAAGGACGACUCCAUCUUCCACAACGAGGAGAAGCUCCGCGAGGCUCUCAAGUUCUCCAACGCCUGCGGCGCCAUCUGCACCACCAAGAAGGGCGCCAUCCCGGCGCUGCCCACGGUCGCCACCGCCCAGGACCUCAUCGCCAAGGCCAACUAGAUGGCCGCACGCCCCGCCGUUCCACCACGUCACUGUCCCCCGCCGCCCCGCCCCUCGUCGUCGACGUCCUCGGUUUCGGUUCAUUAGGUAGAUCGAGUCUUAGCGUCCGUCUCUGCGCCUCUACGCUGAGACGGUUUGUUUGGGUUAAUUAAGUUAGCUUUCGUGGAGAUUUCGCCCCGGGGCAUCAAUAAAAUGUUGGCAUGCGUGGUGGGAUGCUAUCCUUUUUUUUUAUUUUAUUUUAUUUUAUUUUUAGCUUGGAUCAGUUGGGGUUUUGAACAUUGCUAGUGUCGUGUGAUUGGGAAGGCUAAUGUGAUGCCUUCGAUGCAGAGUUUUCAAUGAAUGCCUUGGUGCAAACGUACGAUUGUGUAAUAA